CAAAGAAAUUCCACAACGAAACCAACCAACUUGAACACUUGGACUCACUUCUGCAUCACCACUGCGCUCCCGACCAUCCACCUUCGCGACGCUCCUUUUUGUAUUGCCAGCGACAGCAGCGUCCCCAAGUCGACCCUGUUACGUCUAUUCUUCAAUCGAGCCUUCGUCGCGUGUUUCGUGUGUGUGUGUUCGCGGUCUCGCCCAUUCAUGCACCGCUGAGCCGUUGCUCCCAAGAUGGCGGCGGCCGAGGUGGACGUGGGCUAUCUCUCGACCCAGGUCGGCGUACCUGAGCCCGAUCUGAACACGGCCCUUACCGCGCCGACUCCAGACCUGGUCAAGACCAUAUUCCAAGCUGUGAUAGCAAAGAUCCGUGCCCUCGAAGAGGACAAGUUCCAGCUGGGAAUUGAGCUGGAAGGCGCCAUCCGAAGCUCAGAGUCGCGCUGUGAGCAGUUCAAGGCCACCACCGACAAGGCUCUCAAGGAAGUUGACGAGCUCCGUCAAAAACUACAAGAUGAAGAGACCAAACGGCGGUCUAUAGAAAACGAGCUACAGACCCUUAAGUCGUCGGGAUCGACUUCCCUUUCUGAAAUUGAGACCCUCCGUGCACGCAUUGCCUCGCUCGAGACUUCGAAUCGCGAAACCCUGGCCAUUGUCGACUCCAAGACCCAGGCCAACGCCACCCUUGCCGAGGAGCUCCAAACCCAGCACAAGAAGAUCCUCAAGUUGAACCAGGAGGUUACGUCGCUCAAUCAGGCUGUACAGACCGCGCAGACGGCCGCCAAUUCCGCAAAGUACCGUGAGGAGGCCUUGAAACAGGAACUGGAGCACGCGAAACGCACCAAUGACUGGCUGGACAACGAGCUCAAGACCAAGAAUGCCGAGGCGAUCAAGUUCCGCAAAGAGAAGGGUGCUCGCAUCGCCGAGCUGCAACGCCUAAACGAGGACGCGAACUCGACCAUUGAAUCACUCACUAGAAGUGAGCAGGUUCUCCGCAAGCGACUCCAGGAGGCACAGGACAAGGCCGAGGAGACCUUGACAAAGGUCCAGCAACUCCAGGAAGCCGCUGCCCGUACCGAAGAGGGUUUCAAGCAGGAGCUCGAGUCCGCCAAGCGUCUUGUUGAGCUCAAGGAUCAGCAGUCGGAGACUCACCGUAACCGCUUGAAGGAGGUCGAGUUGAGGCUGGAGCAGAUCAAGGAUGAUCACGCCAACGAGAUCAGACGCAUCAGACGCGAGCUCGAACAAGAAAAGGAGGAUCACGCACAGACGGAGCAGCGCGCUCAGGAGCUGCAGAAUGAAGUCGACCGCAUCAAGGCAUCCAGCGAUCUUCGCGGUAGAUCUCCCGGCACUGGACCUCAAACCCCCAAGGGUGAUGGCUCCUUUGCCGCUACUCGCGCGGGAUCUCCCUUCGGUACCCCGCUCUCCAUCCGCGGUAGAGCCGGCCAGCGUGCUACCGAUGCUCUUGAGGAGCUUUACAACGUCAAGGGCCAGCUUGCUGGUGAGAAGAGGCGCUGCAAGAAGCUACAGGAAGAACUUGACGAUGCUGUCGCGAUGCUGGAAGCGAAGAUGCCUGAAAUCGACGAGCUUAAUGCCGAGUCGGAACGUCUCAAGAAUGAAACGAUUCAAAUGUCACAACUCCUCGAGCAGUCUUACGAGGAGCGCGACCUUGCCGUCAAGACCCAGAGGAAGGCCGAGGCAGCUGCAGCUACGGCUCAAGCUGAGGUCAAGAUUCUUCGCGGGCAGCUACGCGAUUUGAGCACUCAAGUCCAUGUCCUCUGCUUCAACAUUCAUGCGCAGGAGAAGGGUCUCGAUAAGUUGACCGAAGAAGAAGCUGCCAAGUUCGAAAGGCUCAAGAGGGGCGAAGUUAGCGAAAAUGCCCUUGACGACAUGUCGGAUACUCACCAGUACAUCACCGAGAAAUUCGUUGCUUUCACAAACAUCUACGAACUGCAGGAGAAGAACCAGGAGCUCCUACGUGUGGUUCGCGACCUUGCCGACAAGAUGGAGAACGAGGAGGCAAUGGCCGAAAAACAGCAAGCAGCCCAGGAUCAUGAAGAGGUCCAGCAACUUCGUCUUGUUGUCACGACACUUCAAGAUGAGGUCAAGUCGAUCACGGUCCGCAUGAAGAGCUACAUGACGGAGAGAGACAUGUUCCGUCGCAUGCUCCAACAGCGAGCCAACCCUGCCGAAAUUCGCGCUGCCCUGGGCGAGGAUGUAAGCCAACGAGAAGUUCUCACUAGUAUCGAGCAAAACUCCACCGAAGAUGCAGACCUCGCCGCGGCCUAUAGGGAGCUACAGGCUCAGUACGACUCUUACCGAAACGACCAAACGACUGAACGGAAGUCUCUCAAGGAGCAGAUCGACAAACUGUCUUCGGAGAAGGGCUCGCUUCAGGCUGAGAUUGCCAAGGUCUCCAGCCAGCUUACGCUCGCUACGGAACGCUACAGCAUGCUGGAAUCCAACUUCAAGGCAGCCCAGAGUGAGAAUCAGCAGCUACAGAAGAGAAAUCAGGCCUUGUCCGAGUCUGGUGUUAAGCAAGAUUUGCGGGUACAGCAGAUUGCUGAGGAUCUGGUUGAGGCUCGUGGCUUGGCUGAGAGUCUUCGCAGCGAGAAUGCCAACCUCAAGGCGGAGAAGAACUUGUGGAAGACGAUCCAAGAGCGUUUGAGCCAAGAUAACGAGAGUCUUGCACAAGAGAAGGCAAGGCUGAACACUCUGUUGACCAACCAGCAAUCCCUUCUCAACGAGCGCGAACUUAGCGAGUCCGAGGCAAAACGCAGACAACAAACCCAGAUCGACGCUCUUGAGGCAGAACUCUCCACUACCAAGCGCAAGCUUUCUGAGGAGAUGGAGGAGAGCAAGAAGAUUCAGCUCAGGAAAGAGUUCGACGCCCAGCAAUACCAGAAACGCAUUGAUGAGCUCACGACGAUGAUCAGCCAGGUCAAGGAGGAGAAUGUGGCCGCCAAGACUACUCGUGAUCAUCUUCAGGCACGUGUUAGUGAACUCGAGGUCGAGCUUCGUAACGCCCAAGAACGUGCCGACCGUCUCCGUCCCCUGCCAACAGCCAGGGCGCAGCCUGCUGAGCAGGGAUCUGCCGAGGAUGAUUCUCAGGCUCGUAUUGAGGAGCUCGAGAAUGAGGUCCAGGAUCUCAAGAACAACAUCGACUUGCUCAACGCGCAGCUUGAGAAUGCCAAGCAACAAUGUGAUAACUUCAAGCAGCUCAGUCGCGAAAUGGAGGAAGAACUCACGAGUGCGAACGAGACCCAAGAGCAAUACCGACAACAGAUGGAUGCGGAUCUCGCAGCCAAGGAGAGCAGGAUCAACGAACUGCAGCAGCGCGUUGAAGGACUUACAGUCGAACUGGGCAACUCCAACAGCGAGCUUAACAUGCUCCGCGAUUCCCAGGCCGAUGUCGCUCGCAAGUUUGAAGACAAGGAGCGCAUGCUCAACAGUGAAAUUGCUCGCUUGAAGGACGAGGAGGAAAGAUACAAGGAAACCUUCAAGUUCCAUCAGCAAGACUUGCGAGCUCAAGCUGAAAUUGCCACCAAGGCCCAACAGGAUUACGAACAAGAACUUGUCAAACACGCAGAAGCGGCUAAAUCGCUUCAGCAGCUUCGCGAAGAGCAUAACCAGCUCAAGACUUAUUCAGCUCAGUGGAGGGCUGAGGCUGAGUCGGCCAAACUUUCUCUGACACAGAGUGAACAAUCUUGGGAGGAGCGGAGACAGCAGCUCGAGCAAGAGAUCGCUGAAAUCAAGGCAAGGAGGGACGACCUAACCGCGCAGAACAAGCUUCUACAUCAACAGCUCGAUGGCGUUACCUCUCAGAUUAGCGCUUUGAAGCAGAGCCGUUCCGCAAUGGAUGAAAGCGCCGAAGGCACACAGAUUUCGGCCAAUGACACUGCUAUUGAAGGUCUUCGGGAACUCAACAACUACCUGCGUCGCGAGAAGGAGAUCCUUGAGGUACAAUUUGAUCUCAAGGUACAAGAAGCGAAUAGGCUUCAGCAGCAGCUUGAGUAUUCUCAAUCACAGCUCGAUGAAGCACGUCUUAAGCUUGAUCAGGAGCGUCGCUCUCAAGCUGAUAGCGCCCGAAACUCACUUACCCACAAGGAGUUGAUGGAUAAGCUGAACGAGCUCAACCUGAUUCGUGAGAGCAAUGUCACUCUCAGGAACGAGAACCUGCGAAUCCAGGCGCAGCUUGCGAUGAAGAACCGAAAGAUUGAAGACCUCGAGAACAGAAUCCAGCCCUUGGAAGCCCGGAUUUCUGAGCUCGAGCUCGACAAAUCUUUCAAGGAGGCCGAGGUCAAGCAACUGCAGGAAGCCCGCGAUGGCCUACAAAAGAGAAUUGAGUCUAUCCUCAGCAAGUAUGGCCAGGCUGACCCUCAAGAAGUCGAGCAGCUCAAGGCCUCGGUCGAGAGCCUGCAAGCUGAGCGUGAAGCUUUCAAGCAGACAGAAGCCGCGCUUGAAGAGAAGCUCAAGGAAGCUGAGACGAACCUAGAGACUGAGCGGACCAACUGGAAGAAUAUGCGGGCCCGACUUGCAGAGGACUUCAAGACCCGUUUCGGUAACGUCAAGACUCAGCGCAACGAGCUUGCUGCUGAGAAGCAAGCGCUUCAGACCACCCUGGAUGCUGCUAAUGAACGGUUGUCAGCCGUUGAGAAGGAUCUGGAGUCGGCAAGACAAGAUCUGGCCAACUUGCAAGCGCAAAACACGCAGCUUCAGGAACAGCACGCGCAGGCUGCAGCGGCAGCUGCAGCGGCAUCUGCAGAACAGACUGUUCCGGCCGCCGUUCCUGCAGCCGCUCCUGCAGAACAGGACCCUCAACUUUUGCAGCAGCUGGAUGCGCUUAGACAAGAAUUGGAAUCAGUCAAAUCACAGAAGGCCGCCCUUGAGACCGAACUCGAAAGCCUCAAGGCCGAACUAGCGACGGCGAUCGCUGAACGCGACGAAGCGCGCGCCGAGGUCGCACGCCUACAGUCUUCUACGCACGGUACUGACACCGAGAUGCAAGAUGUUGAGGCCCCGGCUCAGCCUGCUUCUGCCCCAGCACCUGCUCAAGAAGGCACCGGCCUCUCAGAUGAGGAACGGAAGGCGUUGGAGGAGAGAAUUGCGGCUGCGGAGGCGAAGGCUGCCGAGUUCGAGGCCAAGGCUAAGGACUUGGAAGAGCGUGCUGAUGCCAUUGUCAAGCAGCGUUCUGAGAAGAUGAAGACUGCGCUGAACAAGAGGCUGGCGGAAUCGAAGGAGGCCAUGGAGAAGCAGACGCAGGACGAGAGACAGAAGUUGCAGGCUGAAUACGAUCUCAAGCUCCAGCAAGAGCUCGCGAUCCUGAAGGCCGAGCAGCAGAGCGGCGUGUCUCAAAAUGGCGUGCCAGCGACACCGGCGAAGCCUCCCACUGCCCAAACUGCACAGACCCCAGGUGCCGGUACUCCUGGGCUCCCGGAUCUCGCCAACCUUACCGACCAGCAGACUCGCGAGCUCAUUAGCUCCAACCAGGUCAUUAUGGGGAUUAUCAAGAGUAAUGUCAAGAAGAAUAUCGCCGCAGAGUCCAAGAAGGUCCGCGAAGAAUUAGAGGUGGUCGUCAAGGCGGAGUAUGAGCAAAAGAUCGCCUCAGCGAAAGAGCAAGCGGCUGCUCUUACCGAGAAGAAAUCUGCCCUCCGGCUUAACAUGCUCGAUCGACAGCUCAAGACCGAGAAGGCCAAGACGGCUGUCGUUGAGACCGCAGCAAAGGAAACGCCGCAGAAACCCGUUGUCGAAGUAUGGGAAGUUGCAAAGGUUGCUAAGCCGGCUGCCCCGCCUCCGGCACCACCGGCGGCCACACUACCGGCCCCCCUGAACGCCGCUGCUGUAGUAGUUAAACCUGCUCCUGGAGAGGAGAUCAAGCCUCAGAUUCCCCCGACUCCUACCAACAAGGCGGCGCCCGCUCCGGCCAGGCAAGGCUCUAUCGUAGGUGGACAGGUCGUUGGUAAUCCCUUCGGUCAGCCUGGAGCGAAUCAAUCCCCGGUAACUUCGCAGCCACCUGCCAAUCCUUUCGGUGCCGCGCCCCAGCAGCAACAGAACGCGCAACCACAGCAACCACCAGCCACAAACCCCUUUGGUGCUCCACAAGCGCAACAGCCUGGUCAACAACAGCCUGGCCAACAACAGCAACAAGGGGGCCAGUUCCCUGGUGCUCAGCAGCAACAGAACCAGAACCAACAGGGUAACCGUACCGGCCUCCCAGUUACUGCUAGAGGAGGCGCGAACAACGCUCGUGGUGGACGUGGCGCAUACGGGGCCCAAGGCCGCGGCGGUCAGGGGCCACGCGGUCGCGGUGGCUUUGGCGGACGCGGCGGAGCCAACGCCGCUCAAGGCGGUGGCGGUAUGAAUCCCCAUGCCGGCGAGUUCCAACCCGGUCAACAAGCCGCUGGCAACAAGCGGCCUAGAGGUGACGGGGAGGGAGGAAACCAAGGAGGGCCCAAGAGAGCUCGCGGUGGGGCCAACGUCGGUGGCGGCGGCGGAGGUGCCGGGGGAGGAGCAGGAGCAGGAGCAGGAGCGGCUGGCGGAGGAGGAAACGCGGGUCCCGGUGCCGGUGCUGCUUAGAAAGAGAUAGUAACUAGGAGGCGUGAUGCGGUAAUCUCCUUGGAGGAAACGGAAGAGGGCAUUUUGAGAAUGGUAUGGCUGGAUGGGGAUUAUGUCAAGUUGAAGCUUAAAGUGAAUAAGGAAAACGGCAAAAGCAGUGGUUAUGUAUGGGAUCAACUUGUUGAUAAUAAGGCUUCGUCACAGCAGAGCUUUGAGCUACAUGCUUCUGCGAAACGGGCGGUUAUUGCGAGCGUGGAAGAUGAAAGAAAAUUGAGGAAAACAAUACAGGAGACUGUGGACUGCGUUAUGCCAUAUUGGUCUGCUGCUGCUGGAGAUGGAGAAAAGGAGAAGUGGCAUAGGGGUUUAGCUUUACGUGUGCGAUAAUGGAUUGAUGGAUGGGCUACAAGGUUCUUUUUUUUUUGGCCUCAUUCUUUACUUGCUUCUGUAUUAGUAUCGCUGUCAUUGUCACCAUGGGUAUCCCCGGCUUGUCUUGUGGCAAGUGGCGUGUGUGUCUAGAGCUUUCUUUCUACAGUCGGCAUGUUUACUUUGUUGUUGCUGUCUUUAAAAGUCUAGUUGGCGGUUGAGAAUGGAUAACUGUGUUCCUCUAAGAAGAAACAUCGAUUGCUUAGCGGUCAUCAAACUU